UUCAAAAGAUGAUCAAAAUGCAUAGUUAAAUAACAUAAAAGUCAACAUGGUGUGAUGCUCGGGAAACGGAAGAAGUAUUUAAUAUCCCGGCAAUAUAUUUUGUGGAUUUAUAUAAGAAAUCCUCUCGAGAAUUAUCAUUGUAUGAUUGUAUCAAUAAUAUUAAACUUCGUCCUCCAUCAAUUAAUUGGUUCGAGUCUCAGGACCCUUCCUCUUCAAUAAAAAAGUUUAUCUAAAUCGAGAGAAAGAUAUCAAUAUAUGAGUAGAACACCUUCCUCAGGGGGCCGAUAAAUGGAUUUACAAGAAUUUCUCCACAUGAAUGAAGGUGAUGGUGAACUUAGCUAUUCUCAGAAUUCUUUUGUCCAGAAAGGAGUGAGUUUAAUGGGCCAACCUAUGCUAGAGAGUGCAAUUCAAUCCAUAAUCACAGAAGUUAAAAGUCCAAGUAAGGUAAUUAAAGUGGCUGAUAUGGGCUGUGGAGUGGGCCCAGUACCAUUGGCUGUAGUAUCAUUGGUGAUACAAAAUGUGCAAAAGAAGUGCAAGGAAUUAAAGUGGGAAGAGAAUGAAAUGCCUGAAAUUAUUGUGUUCUUGAAUGAUCUUCCAUCAAAUGAUUUCAACUUGCUAUUUAAAGAAUUGUUGAAAAUGGAGUUACUAAAAAGGAAAGAUGGUGUGCCCUUGUGUUACUUAAUGACUACUCCUGGAUCCUACUAUGGUAGGCUUUUCCCUAAGAAUGUCCUGCACUUUGUUCAUGCAAAUUACUCCCUUCACUGGCUAUCCCAGGCACCACCGGGGCUCUAUAGUGAAGAAGGCAUGCCGAUAAACAAGGGGAACAUCUACAUAUCCAAGACAAGUCCUAAGAUUGUUGCAAAAGCUUACUUGGCUCAAUUUCAACAAGACUUGACCAAAUUCCUCAAGUGUCGUUCUGAAGAAGUGUAUUCAAAGGGCCGUAUGCUUUUGACAUUUCGAGGUAGGCCAGUUUCUUCAGAUGCAUCGACAUGGCAGCCGUGGGAACUCCAAAUAUUGGCUCUGGCCAUCACUCAUCUUGUUUCACAGGGUUUGAUCAAUGAAUCGAAGCUAGACGCCUUCGAUUUCCCAUACUAUGGAGCUAGCAAAGACGAAAUAGAAAGCAUAGUGCAAGAGGAAGGGUCAUUUAAGAUUGAGAAUGUGAAUACAACAGCGCAACAUGUUGCACAUGAAAUGGAGGACAAUGUGGAAAGGGCAAAAAUCAUAAGCAAAUUCACAAGAUCCUUUACUGAAUCCUUGAUUUCGCGUCACUUUGGAGAAGAUGUGGUGGAGCUAUUGUAUCAGAAAUUCACCCAGCUUAUGUGUGAGCAUUUAUCUAAUGGAGAAUCUGCUGAGCACCACAACAUUAUCAUAUUACUCAAGAGAUCUUAAUUAGUGCAUUAUUCUUGUUUGCAUUAUAUUUGUUUUAAUGCAUAAUAAAAACGUAGUACAAAAUAAAAGAUACGUCAUGCAAAUAUGUGUUGGAUUAUAUCAUGGCCUAUGUGUAGAAUUGAACUUCAUGAAGUAAACCCUAGACUAUCAGUCUAUCACAUGAAUAUAUAUGACGUUCUAAUCAAUAA